ACUAUCUUGAUACAGUUUACGAAUCGGGAUGUAUUAAUUUUGUUUGGAAGAUAAGCUCUAUUUGCAUCACCAACGUUUGUAUUAAACACAAUUACACCUGGACAAAUGUUGUACUCGCACACUUAAACGAGAAAUAAUUAACGUUUAACGUUUUGUUUUUCUUUUUAAGUUGUAUACCUAUAUGUGUUGAAAAUGAAAGUUUAAUAUUCAUGUACAGUUUACUAACCUGAACAUCAGUGGAUAACUUAGCUGUUCAGUUAAAGUUAAAAUAUAUAUAUACAAAGACUAGCAGAUCAGCUACAAGAUGUCAACUACACCGAAAUCAGGUUCGGCUGAUUCAUCCUCAAUAGCAGGUCUGAACCACUGGGGAGAUAUCCUAGUUGUUGCUGUGUAUUUUAUACUUGUGCUGGCAGUAGGAUUCUGGUCGUUAUGGCGACCAAACAGAGGCAGUGUUCGCAGUUACUUUCUGGCGGGAAGAAGCAUGGUGUGGUGGCCUGUACGUAUCGUAAAUCUUGUUAAAUCUAUCUCAGAAUCCUCUUUGAUUAAAAUCGCAGGAGAACAUUUUACACUCCUGCGAAGCCAAGCAACCGCAGAUACCUGUGGUUUGGCAGCAGUUAUAUAUACUGAUACAUUGCAGACAGCCAUCAUGACGAUCGGUGCCUUUGCUCUCAUUGGAAUAAGCAUGGAUAAAGUUGGAGGGUAUAACAAACUAGAGGUACUCUAUAUGGAUGCCUACCCGUCGAUACGUGAGGAGAACAGCACGUGUGGUGCCCCGCCCAGUGACGCAUUCCAUCUUCUACGUGACCCAGUGACGUCAGACCAACCCUGGCCUGGAUUAAUUCUACAAGCGUCACUCGGAUGUCUUUGGUACUGGUGCUGUGAUCAAGUGAUAGUACAACGAACUCUCGCUGCUAAGAACCUUUCGCAUGCGAAAGGCGGGGCAAUUUUGGCGGGAUAUCUGAAGAUAGUUCCACUGUUCAUCAUGAUAUGGCCUGGAAUGAUUAGCAGGGCUCUGUAUCCAGAUGAGGUUGGGUGUGUAGAUCCUGAAGAAUGCAACAGAGUAUGCGGUAACCCUGUCGGCUGCUCCAAUAUUGCUUACCCAAAACUCGUCCUUUCCCUUAUGCCUACAGGUUUACGCGGUUUAUUGAUGGCAGUGAUGUUGUCAGCCAUUAUGAGUUCUCUAACGUCCAUUCUAAACUCAUCCAGUACCCUGUUCACAAUGGAUCUUUGGAGACGAAUAAGGAAACACGCAACAGAACGGGAACUUCUUAUCGUCGGAAGGGUGUUUAUUGCCGUCAUGUGUGGCCUCAGUGUGUUGUGGAUCCCGCUAGUUAAGUCCUCACAGAGCGGUCAGCUGUUUGUGUAUAUACAGGCUGUACAGGGAUAUCUGGGGACGCCAAUAGGUGCUCUCUUUCUCUUUGCUAUUCUGUGGAGGCGGAUGAACGAACAUGGAGCAUUUUGGGGAAUCGUUAUUGGUCACGUGUGCGGAGUGAUACGAAUGGUGUUAGAUUUUGUAUAUCCAGCACCUGACUGCGGCGAACCGGAAACACGUCCGCCUGUUGUACUUCACGUGCACUAUACAUAUUUUUGUCAGAUGAACUUGGUUAUUACAUCUUUAGCCAUCAUAAUAAUAAGUCUCCUGACCAAGCCGCUUGGUAAGGAAAAGUUGAUAGGAAUGACAUGGUGGACACGUUUCAGAGCAGACGAUAUUGAUGUUACUGAAGUGAACGAAAUGACGUUGAAACCAAGAACAAAUGGCGUAACAGAACAGUCAGCAACAGAUGAUGAUGAGGCGGAAAGUGGCGGAACUUGUCGAAGAUGGGCGGAUUUUGUCUGUGGAAUUCCGAAAAAAGCCGAAGAACACAGUUUAGAAGAACAGGCCGCACAGAAGAAAGUGUUUCUGAAAGAGAAUAGGUUCUGGUCGAAGAUUUUAAAUUUGAAUGCAGGAAUAGGUCUUGUGGUUGUAGCAUUCCUCAUCGGCUUCUUUAGAUAGAAGAAAAAAAAACCAAUAUAAACAUCAACUAUAAAUAGAUCAGAAUCACAUACAUUGUAUCUACACAUUAAAUUUUAUUUUUAGUUCCA